GGGAAAAGGGGCGAGGGCGGAGGCACCGGGCAGUGCUGCCGGUCGCCCUCUCGCUCCUUCCUCGAGUGCAAACAGAACGAGAGGCCCGUUCGGAGAAGGCGCCGUGAUGGCCGGGGAGGAAGGCGGCAGUUCGGGCUCAUCUCCUGCUGCGGAGUCAAGCCCUACCAGCGGCACCGCCGGCGCGGCUGGCGGGGAAAGCGGCGCGGCUGGCGGCUACGACGGCAAGUGCAUUUUCUGCCGGAUCAGCCACGGGGAAGAGACGGGCACCGAGUUGCUGCCUUGUGAGCAUGAAGACUUGGUGUGCUUUAGAGAUAUCAGACCUGGAGCUCCGCAUCAUUAUUUAGUGGUGCCUAAAAACCACAUAGGAAAUUGUAAGACUCUAAAGAGUGAGCAUAUACCAUUAGUGGAAAGAAUGAUGGCAGCCGGAAAGACUAUCCUUCAACGGAAUAAGUUUACUAACUUGAGUGAUAUAAGGAUGGGUUUUCACUGGCCUCCAUUCUGCUCUAUAUCCCAUUUGCAUCUUCAUGUCCUGGCUCCAGCUAGUCAAUUAGGAUUCUUGUCCCGAAUGGUGUACAGAAUUAAUUCCUACUGGUUCAUUACAGCUGAGCAGCUGAUGGAGCGUCUGAGGGCUGAAAGUGCAACAAGCUGAAAAGAACUUGCGUGUGGCUGCUGAUUAGAGGGCAAAAUGUAAUUGGUACCAUAUUUUGAGAUGACUUUUGAAAACAGAUUGAUUCUGCUGCUACACAAUUGUUUAACUCAUUGCUAAACUUAAUGCUGUACACUAAAUUUCUCAGGCAAAUAUUUGAAUGCAAGAACUGAGCACUUUUCAGGGCAUACAUACUUACAGAUCAGAAAUUCAAAAGUACCUGCCCCUUUAAAAAGCAAUUAACAAAUCCUGUAAAAGAUGAUUUAAUAAAGUUUAAUGUAUCAUCUGGAUUUGACUGUUCCUUUGACUGAACAAUGCAAGGCCUUUGUACCUAUACAAUAUGUUAAUACAUUCUUUGGAAUUGCAAUGCUCGCAGUACCUAUGAGGUCUUGGUGCUAGAUAACCUAAUGCACAAAUGCAUUUGCCUGUACGCACAAGAAGGGUAUUAAUUAGCUAUUGUGUUCAGAAUAGGAUUUACAUCUGUACUUCUAAUGUGAGACAUUACACUGUUAGUAUGUUGGACUAGGAUAAGAUUGUUUGAAUGUGGAUUGUUGUAACUUUUAACUAGUUAAAUGCAUGUGUUGAGAAAUAGCUAGGUGAAUUUAAUACAGCUUAAAGUACAGCAAUGGUUUCUUUAGGCCUGAACUCUAAAGUAGGACAGCAGAUGUACAGAGGAUAGGAGGAUGGUGCUGGCACUAAACUUUUGUCACUUAAAUAUCACUUUGGCCAUUCCGGAAACGUUGAGCAUGUGAGGGUGCAUUUCAUGUUGUGGGAAACUGCUGCUGUGAAGAUCUGUCUUGGUCUUAAGCAACAUCCAUAGCUUAAAGAGCAAGAAAGUGGAGAUGCAGUAAGGUUUGGUAUAAACUUCUACAGCACAUCCUUGUUAUCUAAUCUGGCUCUAUCAUAAUUCUGCUGCUCAGUGCAGAUACCCAGAUCUCGUAAGGAAAAAAUAAGUUGAACAAGCACUUUCUAAAACUAUGCAUUUUGGAACCUGCUGCAUUACCAAUGUUACAUCUCAUUAUUCCUUGGAUUAUGUAAUUACAGUUUUCCAUUAUAUUGGAGUUCAGAGAAUGGCCAGAUAAAAUAACUUUACAGAUUUUAGAGUUUUAAUCUUAACGUCUUGGUGACAGAGCAUGUACUUACAUUAUACCUUAGGCUGAAUGUAAGUUCCUGUUGAUUAAAUUAAUAAAGUAGACGGAUUUAAUGGGGAUGGGGAAAAGUUGUCUUUGUAGUGUGCUGAAAUGUUAAAGUAAAUGUGUUACAGUAUGAACUAAGUAUGUAUUGUGAUGAAUUUAUGUAACAAAACCACAUGAAAUGUACUGUUAGCAACUUGAAGCUACUUACCGUUAACAAAUAAAAAUGGUUAUCUAUGAA